AUGGUCAACUUCGCCCUCCCUGCGCUUGCCACUUUGGCUCUGACUCCUCUCAUCGGAGCGUUCCCGACCAACGGCACCUUCCACAGCCCGUCCUUCCACCACAAGACAGCUCGUUCCAACGUAGUGGAGGCCUUCUCCUUCUCCAAGUGGGUUGACGGACUCAUCACCAACCCUGAUGGAGACAACCUCACCCCCGAAGAGGCCGUUGAGGCCUGGCGCGCAUCCAUCAACGGCACCCACGCCGCCCACGUCGACAAGCGCGUCAUGUGCAACACUAUUGCCGGCACCGAGGCCUACGUCCCGGACGCUGUCUCGUGCAUCAACCAGCUCGCCGCCAGAGGCAGCGAGGCUUGCACCGUGGCCACCGUCACUGCCUUCUGCGUGAUUGGAAACGCUCAGAUUACUGGCGUCAAGGGCGGUACUAACGACCAGUCCACUACGUCUUCUUGCAACGAUGUCGCCCGUGGCGCUGGUGCUGUCAUGGAUAGCUGCACGCGCGCAGACAACAUGGUCCAGGGCGCUGAGUUCGCUUAUGGUAAUGGCAACCUCCUGGUUCACAUUCGUAGCCCCGGUCUCUGA